AUGUCAGCAGAUAUUCUUCAGUUUUUGAAGAACAAAUUCAUGGAUGAAUUGGAAGAAGCAGAGGAGGAACACCCUCCACCUCAUGACAUCCCCCUCCAUUCUUAUUUUCUACAAAUUCGAGAGCUUCUGAAAGCUAAAAGCAUCAAGCCGUCGACAGGAGUGAAGGAUUGUCUUUACGACCUCAGCAUUGCAUUGACCGACUGCGUGCUCUUCCUGGAGAAGCGCAAAAUGAAAAUCAACAAGGAUUCCUCACAAGGGCAAGAGCAAGAGCAAGAGCAAGGGCAAGGGCAAGAGCAAGGGCAAAGGCAAAACCACUACUCUCUGCCUGAGCUGUGGUUUCUGUGCAAAACAAAAAGGAAGCUGAUUCACAUCAAGAAAAAGUUGCGUGUUGCUACACACCACCCAGUAGUACCAGAGCAGACUUCCCUUUCUGCCGUCACGGAUGUAGCCACAACUUCUUCUUCUUCUGGCUCUUUAUCAUUUGAUGGACCAACGAUAGACGAUCUCUAUUUAUUUCGAGACCAAGUCGAAAAUAUAGCAAAUUUGGUUGUGGGUAGAAGAGAUUUGGAUGAAAAAGGAUUUAGUAAGGAAAUUGGAAUUGUGGGGAUUGGGGGUUGCGGUAAGACCCUUAUGGCCCGAACAGCUUUCGACAACAGCGAUGACGUCGAUUCUUACGAUUACGAAUCCAGAAUUUGGAUCAACUUACAAGCGAUACAGAAAGGAGAAAUAGAUUUUAAGAAGAUUCUCAAGGCUAUGCUGAAGCAGUGUGAUGAUGGGCAAAGAGAUUUUGUGGAUGGUAGUGUGGAGGUGGAGGAGGAGGAGCUAUUGGAGGCCCUCUGCAAAGCAUUGUGGAGUAAGAGUUAUUUAUUAGUGUUUGAUGGAAUUUGGGAUAUCAACCUGGACUGGUACUUCAGGUUAAAGGAGAGACUCCAGUGGUGUAACAAAUCAAAUCAGAGUAGAAGGCGCAGACUCAUCAUCAUUACAACCAGACUCGAUGGUGUGGCUAAGAGGAUGGUUGGGCCCAAUAACUUAUAUCGUAUACAGCCCUUUUCCGAUGAGGAUAUUUGGCUCAACAUUGAGACUUUUACAGAUACAUUUGGGUUUCCGCUUGAUCAUCCCAUUGUGUUGAAAACGAAGGAUGAAAUAAUAUACCACUGUCAUGGUCUCCCGUUAACUGCAACAACGCUCCACACUAUCAUGGUGAACCGAAUCUAUAGAGGGGAGUAA